AUUGCUUUCUCCUCAUCCUGUUAGAUUUGUACACAUUUGCUUGUCUACAAUAGCAGCCAUAUCUGCUUGUUGCCACUACCUCCAGCAUGACUAUCUUUGUUGCAUCAUUAUUUUUACCGUACACCGUUCAUUUCGAACUCAAGCCCGAGGAUGCUGCGGAUAUGGGUGGUAACGAGUUUUUGGGGGAUAUAUUUGAACCAAUUCGGAAAGAGGUGCCAAAACCGGACAUCAACCCUUCUUUGAGAAGAUCGUCCAACCUCAGCACGAACGAUGAUGACGAGUCGAACCUCUCCAUCAUCCAGGCCCUAUCCCACAACGUAUCUUCGUCCAACCUCUCCAUUGACUCCAACCAAGACACCUACUUGGACAGCAGCAACUUCAACGGAAACAUCGAUGAUGACACAGACUCGAUAUCCUCAACCAGUAGCAUUGUUGUUCCAAGACCAAAGCCAGUUGGGGCUCUUACCGAGCAGGUUCCACCGGCCUCUCCCAGCCCAUUAUUGGGUCAUCAUCUCCCUCAACAUCCGCACGGCCUUCACACCUCGAGUAACGUUUCCCAUCUCAGCAACAACUCGAACCAAAAUGUGUCCGUCCAAGACUUCUUCUUCAACAACCCGCAUAAGACCAAAAUGACCUUGAGCUCCACUUCCCUCGACGACGUGAACUCCUUGGGAAACAUACACAGCUCACCUUACGCAGAGAAACUGGUACCUACUAGCUUGGGUCCAACACCAAGCCAGCCCCAAGCAGGCCGUAGUCCCUAUGGACAAUUACAGGGGACUCCGACUCUUGUUAAACCAAAGGCCAUGUUGAGAAACGUGACCCCACAACCUCUAGUCAACGAGGUUCUUCCAAAGAAACCCUUUCUCGAACCAAAACUCUCGAGUAUGAGAAUCAAUCGGACACAUCAUUCGAGCUUGAGAAACCUGAAAACAGCUUCCAUUCUUUCGUUGGAUAAGAAGAUCGGUGUUGGUGCCUCAAGUGCUGAACUAGAGGGGCAACCAAGCAAUGAUGGAUCCGAUCCACUCCAGCAAAAGAACAUCAUGGACACUUACAAUUACGAUUCUGUUUCUGGUAACUACACCGAUUUGCUACAGAAAGAAGAGGAUGAAGUGAUGAAGAUCACCAAAGAUUGCAAUAGAAUCGUACCAUUUGGUGGGUUUUCAAGGCGCCAUAAAUUUGCAGAGGAUAUGGACGAUCUUUUCAAUACUUCACCUUGGAAAGUCGUAGAAUUUGACAAAGGAAAUGGAAGUUUGAUCAACUCUAUCGAGUCUGCCAGAGACAGCAAUUUAGGAGAUUUUACGUGGAUUGGGACGAUAUCGAUCCCGUCAAACAUUGUUCCGGAAAAUAUAAAAGCAGAUAUUACCGAUGAAUUAGAAGACAAUUAUAACUCUAACGUUAUUUUUCUUGAUGAUGAAGUUUUUCAAGGCCACUAUAAGUCGUUCUGUAAACAAAUUCUUUGGCCUAUUUUCCAUUAUCAAAUUCCUGACAAUCCUAAAUCCAACGCUUUUGAAAACCAUUCCUGGAAGUACUACGAACAACUCAACCAAAUGUAUGCUAACAAAAUUGCUGAAAAAUACAAGAAGGGUGAUAUCAUUUGGGUUCAUGAUUACCAUUUGAUGCUAUUACCCCUCAUGCUAAGAAAGCUAAUUCCUGAUGCUAGAAUUGCCUUCUUCUUGCAUAUCAGUUUUCCUUCCAGUGAAGUAUUUCGUUGCUUAGCACAGAGGAAAAGGAUUUUAGAAGGUAUGCUAGGCGCAGAUUGUAUCACUUUCCAGAACGAAGAAUAUAUGGCUCAUUUCUUGCAAAGUUCUAAUAGGUUGUUGCUAGCAGAUUUCAAUUCAACUGGAGUGUACUAUAAUGACAGGUUAACAACAGUCUCUUACAAUGCUAUCGGAUUGAACUUCAAACAUCUGGAUACCCAAUUGAAGUCAAGCGUUGUGAAAAAUUGGAAGAAUUUAAUUGAAGAAAGAUGGCCAAACAAAAAGUUGAUUGUUAGUAGGGAUAAAAUAGAUCAAAUUAGAGGAUUGAAGGAAAAGUUACUAGCUUAUGAGAGGUUUUUAGACGACCAUCCAGAAUAUAUAAGUGAAACAAUUUUGAUUCUGAUUUGUGUUCAAAGUGGAUCAACUGAUGAGGACUAUAAGAACGAGCUUUUGGCCAUCACUGAAAGAAUAAAUUCCAAAACUAAAAACAUUUCAAUUGAUCAACCUGUUAUUCUUUUGAAUCAGGAUAUUGAGUUUGAGCAAUACCUUGCAUUGCUGAGCGAAGCAAAUGUUUUUAUUGUGUCAACCUUAAGAGAAGGAAUGAAUUUAACAUGCCAUGAAUUUAUUUGUGCGUCAGAAAAAUUACAUUCACCAUUAAUUUUGAGUGAAUUUGUUGGGUCUGCUUCUGUUUUGACCAAGGGUCCGCUGCUUUCAAAUCCUUAUAAUAUUCGUCAAGUAUCAGGCCAAAUCUAUCAAUGCUUAAACAUGUUGGAUGAUGAAAAGAUUGAAAGAUGGAAUAGCUCAUUCCAACAGAUUUUGAAUAAUGAUUCUGAGACCUGGGUAAGGAAAUGCCUCCUUGAUAUUGAAAAUGCGUAUGCCAAUUCAAAAUCUCUUCAGUCAUAUAAUACCCUUGAACCAUUGACAAAGAAAGCCUAUGAGAGCGCCUUGAGUUCUAUUUCUGAUACCGAUGGUAAAAGGUUAUAUGUUUUGAAUCUUGAUGAUUUGACCGCAAACUUAGAAAUUCAUGGACAGACAAUUCAUUCUUAUCAACAACAAUUGAUACAUAAGACUUUAACCAACCUAUCAGCUGACCCUAAUAAUUACGUUUACAUUUUCAGUAUUUUCCAAAGAUCAGAAUUGCUGAGAUUGUACAGACGGGUACCAGAUAUAGGGUUGAUUGCAGAAAACGGAGGAAUAAUAAAGCCUCCAAAAUCUGGUGAUUGGUUUACGGUUGUUGAUGAAUCAGAAAAAGCGUGGAUUCCAACUGUGGUUGAUAUAAUCAAAGCUUUUUGUGAACGUCUCCCAGGUUCUUAUUAUGAAGCCGAAGAAUGCACUGUGAUGUUCCAUACAGAAACCACUAUCGAUAUCGAUAUAGAUUACAAGAAUGGUUUGAUUGGAGAUUUAAUCACACAUAUCAAUGAGUUGUUUGAGAAGGAUUUCAAUGUGCAUGCGAGUUUGAAAAGUGGAAUACUAAUCGUAAAGGAGAUGAACUUGAUAACUCGGGCCUUGGAAUUUAUUAUGGAGCAGAAUAAAGGGAACGAGAAUUUACAAAAACUACCUUCAACAGCAUCGGCAUUUACUUCCCCUGUGUUUCAGGCCAGAGGCUCUUCAAUCGCACAUUCCCCUGGCCCAAUUUCACCUAUCGAAUUAACUAAGACUAGUAGCUCAGGUUUGACUUCAAAUUCUUCGUCAGAGAAGUGUUAUGAUUUUAUCUUUGCCUGUGGUGCAACAACCCAAAUUGACGAAGAAAUAUUCAGUUAUUUCAAUAGCAUCAAAGAAUACUCAGACUCUGUCGAAGUUGGGGAGAUUGUCACUGUGUGUGUUGGACAAACUGGUAAAAGUAGAACAUGUGCCAAAUAUUCGCUUAAAGGUAUCAACAAUUUGAUAAACUUCCUCAAUUAAAUAGAGAGUUUGUCCUGCAAAUACAAAGACUACAGUUAGUCA